CCGGGUCCUGGGCGAGCGGGCGCCGUGCGCGUGUCCCACGGCCAAGCUGCUAAUAAAGUUGCACUGAGGGGAAGCGCAGCGACGGCGCCGGGGGAGUGCGUCCAGCCGGCGGGUGAGACUUGAACCAAUGAAAGAAUCUUAUGGCACUUAUGAAGAUAAAUGUCACUCCUCCCUUUUUAAUUGGAACUUCUGCUUAGAACCUGUAUGUGACUUUUCAUCUGUGAGCUGUUCUUUGAGUAGCCACUGACUUUGAGUUGCAGGAAGGUCUCUGAAGAUUUAUAUCAAAUGACGUCAAUGGCCAGCUUGUUUUCCUUUACUAGUCCAGCAGUAAAGCGAUUGUUGGGCUGGAAGCAAGGUGAUGAAGAGGAGAAAUGGGCAGAAAAGGCAGUCGAUGCUUUGGUGAAAAAGCUAAAAAAGAAAAAGGGUGCCAUGGAAGAACUGGAGAAAGCCUUGAGCAGUCCAGGACAGCCGAGCAAAUGUGUCACUAUUCCCAGAUCUUUAGAUGGACGCCUGCAGGUUUCCCACAGAAAAGGCUUACCCCAUGUUAUAUAUUGUCGUGUUUGGCGCUGGCCUGAUUUGCAGAGUCAUCAUGAGCUAAAGCCAUUGGAUAUUUGUGAAUUUCCUUUUGGAUCUAAGCAGAAAGAAGUUUGUAUCAACCCAUACCACUAUAAGAGAGUGGAGAGUCCAGUCUUACCUCCAGUAUUAGUGCCUCGUCACAAUGAAUUCAAUCCACAACACAGCCUUUUGGUUCAGUUUAGAAACCUGAGCCACAACGAGCCACACAUGCCACAAAAUGCAACGUUUCCAGAUUCUUUCCACCAGCCCAACAACACUCCUUUUCCCUUAUCUCCAAAUAGCCCUUAUCCCCCUUCCCCUGCUAGCAGCACAUAUCCCAAUUCCCCAGCAAGUUCUGGACCAGGAAGUCCAUUUCAGCUCCCAGCUGAUACUCCUCCUCCUGCCUAUAUGCCACCAGAUGAUCAAAUGGGUCAAGAUAAUUCCCAGCCAAUGGAUACAAGCAAUAAUAUGAUUCCUCAGAUUAUGCCCAGUAUAUCCAGCAGAGACGUUCAGCCCGUUGCCUAUGAAGAGCCGAAACAUUGGUGUUCAAUUGUCUACUAUGAAUUAAACAAUCGUGUUGGGGAGGCUUUUCAUGCAUCUUCUACUAGCGUGUUAGUAGAUGGAUUCACAGACCCUUCAAAUAACAAAAGUAGAUUCUGCUUGGGGUUGUUGUCAAAUGUUAAUCGUAAUUCAACAAUUGAAAACACUAGGCGACAUAUUGGAAAAGGUGUUCACCUGUACUAUGUUGGUGGAGAAGUGUAUGCAGAGUGCCUCAGUGACAGCAGCAUAUUUGUUCAGAGUAGGAACUGCAACUUCCAUCAUGGCUUUCAUCCUACCACUGUCUGUAAGAUUCCCAGCAGUUGCAGCCUCAAAAUUUUUAACAACCAAGAGUUUGCUCAGCUUCUGGCUCAAUCUGUCAACCAUGGAUUUGAGGCAGUGUAUGAGCUCACCAAAAUGUGUACCAUUCGAAUGAGUUUUGUCAAGGGCUGGGGAGCAGAAUAUCACCGGCAGGAUGUUACCAGCACCCCCUGUUGGAUUGAGAUUCAUCUUCAUGGACCUCUUCAGUGGCUGGAUAAAGUCCUGACUCAGAUGGGCUCCCCUCUGAACCCCAUAUCUUCUGUCUCAUAGUGCAGAAGUAGUCUUUUCAAUUAUAUUAUUAAUGGACUUGUUUUAAUUUUAGGGAAACUUUCAGUACAGAUACUGUGAGCUUACAUGGAAAACAGAUAUUACAGCUUAUUUUUUUCUACAUAAUUGUGACCAAUACAUUUGUAUUUUGUGAUGAAUCUACAUUUGUUUGUUAUUCAUGUUCAUGUGAUUAACUCUCAAAAGUGUUGUGAGAAAUGUAAAGUAAGUGUUGUACCCCAGUUCACAAGUUUGGCAUUGAUCUUAAACUGGGACAUAAUUUUGCCUUUUUGUCCCAACCAACUUGUUACUUGUUCAGUUUUUUUGAAAAAGUAAUAUAUCACGUGAUGACAAAUUAUAACAGUGUAAGGUGUGCCAUGAAAAGUCUUCCCUUCUCCUCUUAACCCUACAGAAGAUCUACUUUUACCAGUUUCUUUGUCCUACCAAUGUGAAGAAAGUGUAAUUCAUUGUUUUGUAAAAGCAUAUGGUAGGGGCUGAAAAGAAACUAUAAAAAAAAAAACCACCCUUUUAUUUGAAGGAACACUAUGCUGCACUGCUCUAACAAGUAGUGUUCAGUAAAAGCAAAGUGAUAGUUUUCUAGGUGAUGUCAUAAAAUUUACAUUUAAUACAGCUAAAUGUUUGUCAGUCUGUUGUGACUUCACUCAGUAUAUCUUUUGUAAAACAUUUCCUUUUU